AAUAACAAACAGAAUUAGGAGGGGCUUAAUGAUUUGGUCCAAUAGAAGUCAGGGGAAACAGAGUAGAGGCAGAAGGUAAACCUUCGCGAACAUUUGCCCAAUUAGGUUGGGGCGCUCUCACCCAAACCUGGGACUGGCUGUUAGAAAUAGCCGCGACCGGGACCUUUGGGCGGGGCUCGUUUAAAGCGGAUUUCGCGCGCUGACAGCGACGGUCUGUUAUUGGUCAGCGACUUCCUCCCUUUGUGGGAGCGCCCUGCGUAGCCGGGGUUAGGGGUUGGGAGGAGCGACCGAGUGACGCAGUAGCCCCCCCAGCCAAUCAGGGUUAGGGAAGGGAGCCGAGAAGGAAGCGGAUCCGCUGCCGCGCAGCUAAACCGCAAAAAGCUAUCCGCUUCGUCUCCCUCCGCCGCUAUCGGGGCCUAAGCGGGAGCGGCUGGGACGGCGUCACUGGGUGGGCUGGGGCGGAAGUGGAGGCGGAGGGAGACGGCGUCGGUCGCAGAGCCUUGGGAUCUCGCGGCGAGGCCCUGGUGGGCGCGAGGCAGGGGGAGGGGGAGGAGGAGGAGCCCGCGGCCCGGGCGGCGGCGGCGGCGGCGCCGGAGUUCUCCGUAGGGCCCCGCCUAGCAGCGGGCGGCGGUGGAGGAGGAGACUGAGGAGCAGGAUGGCGGCCUCGGCCCUGUACGCCUGCACCAAGUGUACCCAGCGCUAUCCCUUCGAGGAGCUCUCCCAGGGCCAGCAGCUUUGCAAGGAAAGCGAAGCGACUGGCUUGGGAACAGAAUGCUCUAUGAUUUGGAGCUCCUCCCAUCCCGUUAAAGCCGGGAUGCUGUCUGAAUGUCGGAUUGCACAUCCUAUUGUAAAAUGUACUUACUGCAGAUCAGAGUUUCAACAAGAGAGCAAAACUAAUACAAUUUGUAAGAAGUGUGCUCAAAAUGUGAAGCAAUUUGGCACGCCUAAGCCUUGUCAGUACUGUAACAUAAUUGCAGCAUUUAUUGGUACAAAGUGUCAGCGUUGCACAAAUUCAGAAAAAAAAUAUGGCCCACCUCAGACCUGUGAACAGUGCAAACAACAGUGUGCUUUUGAUCGGAAGGAGGAAGGAAGAAGAAAGGUUGAUGGAAAGUUGUUGUGCUGGCUCUGUACUUUAUCAUACAAGAGAGUUUUACAGAAGACAAAAGAACAAAGGAAGAGCCUGGGAUCUUCACAUUCAAAUUCAUCUUCUUCAUCUCUUACUGAGAAAGACCAGCAUCAUUCAAAACAUCAUCACCAUCAUCAUCAUCAUCACCAUCGUCACAGCAGUAGCCAUCACAAAAUCAGCAAUCUAAGUCCAGAACAAGAGCAGGGACUGUGGAAACAGAGCCAUAAAUCCUCUGCAGCAAUUCAGAAUGAAACUCCAAAGAAAAAGCCCAAAUUGGAAUCUAAGCCAUCUAAUGGAGAUAGUAGCUCUAUAAAUCAGUCAGCAGAUAGUGGGGGAACAGACAAUUUUGUCCUUAUAAGUCAACUGAAAGAAGAGGUGAUGUCACUUAAACGUCUCUUACAGCAGAGAGACCAGACCAUUUUAGAAAAAGAUAAAAAGUUAACUGAACUAAAGGCAGACUUUCAGUACCAAGAGUCAAACCUGAGAACAAAGAUGAACAGUAUGGAGAAAGCUCACAAAGAAACUGUGGAACAACUUCAGGCCAAAAACAGAGAACUACUCAAACAGGUUGCAGCAUUGUCAAAGGGUAAAAAGUUUGACAAAAGUGGAAGCAUACUAACGUCCCCUUGAAAAAGUAGUUAUUCAUGUAGUGUUUCUGCUGAAAAUGUACAUUUGAGAAAAGUUGUGUGAAGCCCUUACAUUCUGUGUAGUGGAAAACUAUUUUUGCACACCAAAUGAAUUGGCGUGUUUCCUAUUCACUUUUGUAACUGAUAUACAGCAUUUUUUUAAGUUGUAAAACAUUCAAAUAAGACUUCAACUGGUUUGAAGUAACUUUUUAAUUAUUUGAUAUCCAGGAACUUUUUUGCCAGCAAUAGUAUUAAACAGUUGUAAAGGAGUGCAUGAGUCGUGCUCUUUAUAAAAUGCAACAUGCAAUAAUAGAGUAGGUAUGGUUUUAUGAAAUCAGAGCAGCAGGGUUUGGGGUUUGUUUUGUUUUUUGUUUUCCACUAUGCUAAUUUCAGAAUUAACUUCAGAUUAACAGUUUUCAAUUUAGAAAUAUGAAAACUUUUAAACAAGGAAAAUGGUGAACACUGGUUUUUUGGUAAUUGUGUUUUUACUUUGCAUCAACAUGAAUUUAGAGAAUCAUGGUGCUUUUGUUAAAUGAACUUCAGAGUAUAUGUAAAUAUGUUUUUAAAAAAGUUACAUCAUUAACAUUAGUAAACUAGUAUUUCGUUAUUGGUAUAGGAAUUAAUGUUUAUUGUACAGUAUCCAAGGUAAAGUGUUUUGUUUUGUAAAAACUACUGUAGAUUUUUACUUACAAGUGCCUUUUUGCCACCUAAUGUUUUUAUUUAUAGGAAUGCAGAUCUUUUGUACAUACAGUUUGUUUUAAAAUCAUGUUUAAUAAAUGUUUGUAUAUAAAUGUAUAUGUACAGAAGCCUAUUUCAAAAGGAAAUCAAAGUUGCUAGUAAAAUGUUUGCGGUUGCAUUAAGAACUGAUAAUGCAAUAGACUUUAGAUGAUUUUUUGGUUUGUUUCUCUGUGGUGUGGGAAGCUGUUGGUCAUUGAAUCAUUGAAUUAUGUCAAAAUACUUCCCCAAAGAUUUAAUUCUAAAUCACUUCUGAUAGAGUAAUUUUAUUUUUUAUGUCAUAUGGCUUCAUGUUCAUAUUUUGUGAGUUACAUGUUUUGCUUUAUUUUUCUUUUAUAAAAAUUUAAAAUUUAUAAUUUUUCUGCAGUGAUCCAUAUAUCUGCUUUCCCUAUAAUAUGUGGUUAUCUAAGUUAAUAUUUAUGUACACCAUACUUAAUUUGUAAGUUUAAAGCAAAUCUGGAAAAAAUUAAAUAACUUUUAAAUCAAUCUGUGAUUAUCUUUGAAUAGAUUGGAAUCUACUGUAAGAUUCAGGCACUAUUUAUAAGAAAAUUAUAUCAGAGUCUUUAAAAUUGUCUAUAAAAGGUUAGGAUAGGGUGGGAUAGGUUAUGUGAAGUUAUUGUCUAAUUAUAUUCUGAUCUAGUGGUUUUCAGCCUGUAAUGGAAUUCAUCUCCUACUUAAUAAAUGCCAGUUCAGACUUUUAUUUCAAUUUUAAAGCUUCAGACAUUGCUAGAUGUACUGUACAGAGUGGAAGAGUUCCUUCUCAUAGGAAUUUAUGGGAAAGGAUAAAUUUCUUUCAAGUAAACUGUUAAUAAAUUUAUCAUUUUCAAGAUUUUGUUUUUAAACAAGCAUUGAUUAUGAAUGUCAUAUCAAAGAUUGUCUUUCCUCAGAACACAGGAUGAUUGUAAUAAUUGUUUUUAAUGUGACUCAUGCUUUGUUAGCUUAUUCCUACAGUUAUUCAUUAUAAAGUGAUAUCAAUAAUUCUUUGUCCAGUUUGAAAACAUAAUCUAGGGUAAUUUUCAAGUGAUAACAAACAGUGGAAUCUGUCAGACUUGGAAAAAUUAAACCAGUUUAUUUUUAUGAGAUCUUCAUGCAAUCUUCCUAAAUUUAGUACUCUCAGCAAUGAUAGAUAAUGCCGCCUUAACACAGAUUUUAAUGUUUGCAGGAUUUGCUAAAUUCAUAAGAUGGUCAUUACCUUUCUUUAAAAUUUGUAACGUUUUAUAUUCUGGUUUCAUAGCCAUUUGUCAAUCCACAGUGGUCAUUUUUGUUUUAAAAUAAGUUAUGUAAUAGUUCUUAUACCAUGUUGGAGCUGCUACACAAGAAAGGUGCCGCCCUCCCCCUUUGUUAGGUAACAGAUUAAAAAUUGAAACUCAGUCUAAAUACUUAAGCUUUGUAAAUUCCAAGGCUGAAAUCUUUUAGGGGCUUCACAGUAUUUAGUCCUAAUUAAAUACCCUCUCUUUAUUUUAUAACUUAAUUCUUUUGCAAUUGUAUAAACUAGUAAUGGAGUCGCAGUCCUGGAUCUGUAGUGUAUUGACAUAAAUUGCUGAUAUUCUUUAAAUGUGGACUUGUAAGGAGAUACUAUGGUGUGCCGUAUUGUGCUUUUUAGCCUGUUUUCAGCUAUUAAUUAGCAUUACCAGUGAGGGUCAUUUUGGCUCAAGUUAUUUAUGUAUUAAUAGCUUGUGAAUAUUGCAGUCCUUUUUAGAUUGUAUUGGUCUAAAUAUGCAUUCUGCGGUGAACCUGUUAAACCGUUCACAUGUAUAGACUAUUGAAAUACUGUACUUGUACACAUCUGACUGUUGACAUUUUGUACUUUUUUCUAAAUCCAAUAUUUCACAAUAAAAACUUGUCAAAAGC